AAGAUUUUCAUUUCAUUCAUUCGCAAGCAAGACGUCAAAGCAACCAGUCAAGAAAUUAUACUACGGUGAAGUUUGCAGUGUGAGUUUGUGUCGGUUUACCAUUUGAGUGUAUACUGCGGAAAAUAAGAAAAAACGGUUUCAUUCGACGCAUUAUCUUGUUCGUUGUUUCGUGUCAUUUUCGUCAAGGCGUGAGUUGGAUCCAUAUCAGUCGUGCGGUGUUGACAAAUUCGUUCCCAGAUUGUGAGAAGAUUAAAAGGAGAAUUCUGCCCACAGUGUUCUCCUCACUGCCCUUGUAUACUGUGUGUCCUCUCUUGUAUUGUCCCCCCAUAAGAUUAGACAUUGCAAGAAAAAAAGAAACAUCAUCGCGAUAAAAUUGCAGCGAAAUAAAAACGGAGUAUAUCUACUGCCGUGGCUGUGUGCUGUGCGAGUGGUGGUGAAACGCAGAAAAAGACAGAAGGCGUGUGACGGCGUAGAAAUCCGGCACCAUGGCUGAGGAGAAGGUCAUCCUACCGGAGGCUGGUAGCACCACAGACAACCAAGUCACCGAAGGUUUUCUGUCCAGCGUCGUCAACGAUAUCAUCUACAGCCCACUUAACUUGGUUCUGGUCGGUCUGAUCACCUUUCUGGUGUACAAAAUAAUACGCAGCCGACAGCAACCGGUCGCUCCGCCACCCGAACCGGAACUACCCCGGCUCAGGAAGGAUUUCACCGUAGCCGAACUGCGACAAUUCGACGGCACCCAGCCGGACGGUCGGGUACUUGUUGCCGUCAAUGGAAGUGUGUAUGAUGUAACCAAGGGAAAGCGCUUCUACGGACCUGGUGGCCCGUAUGCAGCAUUUGGCGGUCGCGAUGCAUCCCGCGGUCUGGCAACAUUCAGCGUAACCAGCAACGAAAAGGAGGAAUAUGACGACUUGAGCGAUUUGAGCGCCAUGGAAAUGGAAUCAGUACGCGAAUGGGAAAUGCAGUUUAAAGAAAAAUACAUCCUCGUCGGUCGCCUGCUGAAACCCGGUGAACAGCCAACAAACUAUUCCGAUGAGGAUGAGGACACUCCGAACGAGGGGACACCAACCGCGGAACCAGCAAAGGCAGCAGCCGACGAUAGCAAAACUUCAAAACCUGUUGAGGUUCCUGCAGCAGCACCGGCAGCACCGAAACCGGAAGGUAGAUCUAACGCUAGUGACGAUGCUCCAUCUAAAGUGGAGGACGUCAAAUCCAGUGGUGACGCGAAAGCGAAAGACGAGUGACGCUCCAAUAGUGGUACCAAGUGUAGUAAUAGCAUUAUAAGCAGCAGCAGCAACAACAAGAACAAUAACUAUUACAAUAGCAGUCCAAAAGCAUCCAAAGCGAAGGAUGUUCGAACUGGUAUUGACGGAAUAGGCAGUAGUAGUAGCGGUAGCAAUGGCAGCAGCUGCACUAGUGCACUAGGGAAUCCACAUAACCAGAUACUGGUCAACAAGCCUAUGACCACGGCCUACGCUAACGACGACAAUGGAGGUUACGAUGCCGACGAGAAUAAUUUUGAUGAUGAUGAUGAAGAAGGUGGUGAGACAAGUGUCACAAGUAGGGUACUAUUUGAUCAGCACAGUAUUUGUGAUAUGUUUAGCUUUUAACGGCUGCUUGAUGCAAGGAAUAGGGUAGCAGAAAAGAGCAACAAUCCUUUUAGGAUGGGUUGAAUUGCCGUAAUCUAAACAACAAGUUAAUGCAUGUCGGGAAUUCUUGCGCAAAAUGUCGUAUAAUUGGUUGUAGAAAGAAUGUUUCGGUUUUAACUUUGAUAUACGUGUUGUACCAAAGAAAAAAUGUCUGAAAUUUAAUAUAUAUCAAUGAUAAGUGGAUUAUGAGAUGGACAGCUCUAAACUGUCCAAAAUUGUUAGCAUGCAAUAAUAUGGCUUGUUCUUCAUUAUUCUUUUGUAUUUAUCGAGUGGGGAAGCAUAAAAUUAAUUUUGUAAUCACGUAUAUAACGUCUCACUCGAUUGUUUUCGAUACAGCUUUAAAUUUGUCUGAAACGCGGUGGAAGCCAGGUUCAAUGUACGCAGUUUUGAUAUUCUUGUUGGGUAGACACCCUCAACAACCAUUCGAACAUCCGUGGCAGAUGCUCACCAAGUUAUUCCGAUCUAAGUUCCAUUUUGAAAACAUGCUUCAUUCUGUAAUAUACAUACACAUGUGUCAAUUUGCAGUGGACCGUAAUAACAAUAUAACCGCCAGCUCUUUCCCGAGAGCCACUCGUGCAUUAGAUUUUAAUGACUGCUCUUUUCCUUUUACUAAAGCAAGAUUGCUUGAGUUAUUAUUUUUAACCAAUAUUUAUAUCGUUGUUUUAAGAAUAUCAGAACUUAUUAGGUUCUGGUCAUACACAGUCCGAAGCAUAGUUGAAGAAGCCAAAGGUUUGACAUUUGCUUCAAAGUUAAAAUUUCCAUCUGCCCAGGUCCCAGUUAACAAGUACUUACUAUUUUGCACUUGCACUCACUAUCGCAUGAUGACAAAAUGUCAUUAUCAACCAGUCGCAACCAGCCGUAAAAUUUAUAAACAUAAAUGGUGUCUUGCAAAUAAUAUGAAGAAAUUGAUACUGUUAAAAUUAUAAGCUAAAUAUUCAGAUAUAAGGCAAACAGUCGGUAAUUAGUUAAAAAAAACUAACUAACCCUGAGCGUUGGAGAACAAGAAUAUAAAAAUCCUAAUCCUACUGUAUUGAUAAAAGAGAUGACUACUAUUUACAAAAGCAACUACGAAACUAUACAUAAAUUUGAAAAUUCAAACCAAAAUACUACUACUACUACCAUUACUGUGUACCAACAAUCGUACAUCUAACCCUUUUCGAAAGUGGAAAACACACCGAUAUGCAAAUUUUUUUUGUGUUCGUGAAAUUAUAUGGCGUGAGAUUUUGUCUAGCUUUUGUAAAAAGUAAAAUCGGACAAUGUACGUGAGUUUCGCUUAAAAAAAUAAUUAUAACUUUAAUUCCAAAUUUUUAUCGAUAACAGUUCAGAUUUAACAUUAAACAAAAAAAAAUCAGUCAUAUAAAAGGGAGAAGACUAUUUUGUGGUUUAGAGUUAGUUCUCGUUUUAAGGAUGUAGUUUACCGUUUCUGAAAUGGUUGUAGUGGAUAACAUAUGGCAGCGCUCGUUACAUUUUUUUGUAUCAUUGUGAGGAUAACACACAUGCUGAACUCUUCACAUUACACAUAAUAACACACACACAAACAAAAACAUUAUUCAUACACCAGCCUGAUGAGCUCAGCUUGGUGACAUUUUUCUAUACGGAGCGGAGCGGGAGUAAACCGAGAUUUAUUCCACAAAAAAAAAAACAACAAAAUAAAUCUAAGCAGUGUCGCAAUUGCCGUUACUUUACAACAACAGGACAAGGGCAUUAAGUGUAA